ACUGAGAGGGAGGAAAGAGAGGGGGAACUGAGGCUCCGCGUCCAUGACAAUUUCAAACUGCUCGGCAUAGCUAGCCAGCUACCUGCUAUCUGGCCACACACUGGCUUAAAGAAAGCCUUGAAAUGGGUUUUCUUUCUCCCAGUUAAAAUAAGGUGACCGUCGAACAACAAUAAAUGCAAUAUCACGACGAUCAAUGGUUGCAUUUUCGCACUAGUUUGCGGACGAGAACUGGAAAUCCAGCAGCUGCUUUGGACGGGGAGAAGAGAGAAAGGGGUGACAGCCGGGAGAACUGGAACACAUCGCCGGCUUCCGGGGAUUCGGAGCGGCAUCGGGGAGCUGAAGACGUCGCUAAAUCGGGAAAGAGGAACCUCAGGAUUCAAGCUUAAUUGGGAUACUCGCUGUCUAGCCAAGCGAGGAUUUUCAAAAUGUCCAGGAAAGUACAGAGAAGCGAGGUCUGCGCGGACUGUAGUGCUCCAGACCCGGGCUGGACCAGCAUUAACAGGGGGGUUCUGAUCUGUGACGAGUGUUGCUCGGUGCACCGCAGCCUGGGCCGGCACAUCUCCGUGGUGAAGCACCUGCGGCACAGUGGCUGGCCCCCCGCGCUGCUGCAGAUGGUGCAGACUCUGGCCAGUAACGGUGCGAACUCCAUCUGGGAGCACUCCCUGCUGGACCCGGCUCAGGUGCAGAGCGGCCGCCGAAAACCCAAUCCGCAGGACAAAGUCCACCCCACGAAGUCAGAAUUCAUCCGGGCGAAGUACCAGAUGCUGGCGUUCGUACACAAGCUUCCCUGCCGUGACGACGAUGGCGUCACCACAAAGGACCUCAGCAAGCAACUGCACUCGAGCGUUCGGACGGGCAGCCUGGAGACCUGCCUGCGACUGCUCUCCCUGGGCGCCCAGGCCAACUUCUUCCACCCGGAGAAAGGCACCACCCCCUUGCACGUGGCGGCGAAGGCGGGGCAGGUCCUGCAGGCGGAGCUGCUGGUGGUGUAUGGAGCAGACCCGGGAGCCCCCGACAUCAACGGCCGCACACCCAUGGACUACGCCAGACAAGCUGGGCAGAUCGAGCUGGCCGAGCGGCUCGUGGAGUGUCAGUACGAGCUCACCGACAGACUGGCCUUCUACCUGUGCGGCCGACGCCCAGAUCACAAGAAUGGCCAUUACAUCAUCCCCCAGAUGGCGGACAGAGCCCGACCUAAGUGCCCAACUCAGAGCCUGGACCUGUCAGAGCUGGCCAAGGCAGCCAAAAAGAAACUCCAAGCGCUGAAUAACCGUCUGUUUGAAGACCUGGCCAUGGACGUGUAUGACGAGGUGGACCGCAGAGAGAAUGAUGCCGUGUGGCUGACGACUCAGAACCACAGCACUCUGGUAACGGAGCGGAGCGCCGUCCCCUUCCUGCCCGUCAACCCCGAGUACUCCGCCACGCGCAACCAGGGCCGGCAGAAGCUGGCACGCUUCAACGCCAGGGAGUUCGCCACCCUGAUCAUCGACAUCCUGAGCGACGCCAAGAGGAGGCAGCAAGGCAAGGGCCUCACCAGCCCCACCGCGGACCCACUGCAGACCCUGUCUAACGAUGACGAUCAGCACGACUACGACAGCGUUGCGUCGGAUGAGGAGUCGGACAGCGAGCUAACCACACAAAACAACAACAACACACAGCGCAACAACAGAGCCAAGAGCAUGGACUCCUCCGACCUGUCGGACGGGCCCAUCACCCUGCAGGAGUACCUGGAGGUGAAGAAGGCCCUGGCCGCCUCCGAGGCCAAAGUGCAGCAGCUGAUGAAAGUGAACAGCAACCUGAGCGAGGAGCUCCGGCGUCUGCAGAAAGAGAUCUCGCGGAUGCAGAUGGAGAACAGUGUGUUGCGGGGGGGGCAGGCGGGGAGGUCCGGAGUUUCGGGAGGGGGCGGUGGGCCGGGGCUGGGGUCGGGUGGUGUGCGGAGCGGUGGAGGAGGAGGGGCGCCCAGCGGGACGGUGUCCGCGGGGCAGCCCCACAGGAGGGACAGACAGGCCUUCUCCAUGUACGAACCCGGCGCCGCCCCCCACAAGACCCUCUCCCCAGCUCUGGACUCCCUUGCCGGCCGCCUGCAGCCCCUGCACCCCAGUGUGCAGAAGGGCGUGUCCACAGGCCCCGUUCCCUUCGGCGGCCUGCACCUGUCCGGCUCCACCGAGGUGGGGAGAUACACGACCCCUAAAGGAGAGAAGCCUGGUAGCAGCACAGACAGCGACUAUGACAACACUCAGACCUACGACCUGUCGUUCAGCGUGGCACGGAGCAGCGAGGACGACACCCGCGGGGACCUGGAGGAGGGCGGGGGUUUGGAGGGGGCGGAGCCCGACCCCACCCUGCCCUGUACGGAGGACGUCAUCCUGAAGACCGAGCAGGUGACCAAGAACAUCCAGGAGCUGCUGAGAGCCGCGCAGGAGUUCAAACAUGACAGCUUUGUGCCCUGCUCCGAGAAGAUCCACGGCGCUGUCUCCGAGAUGGCUUCUCUCUUUCCCAAGCGGCCGGCGCUGGACGCGGUGCGCUGCUCGCUGCGCCUCCUGGCGGCCAGCGCGUCCCGGCUGCAGGGGGAGUGCCGCAAGGCCGCGCCCACAGACCCCGCCGCCGCCCCCGUCGACUACCAGCUCCUCACCCAGCAGGUCAUCCAGUGUGCCUACGACAUCGCCAAGGCCGCCAAGCAGCUGGUCACCAUCACCACCCGCGAGAAGAAGCAGUGA